UUCUUUUAACUUUAUAUAUUUGGUGUUGGUAGCAAUGAUCGGUGUGCAACCAUGAGAGCAGUUACAAUUUCCUUUUUUGGAUUUCUUCUUGUCAUCACAGCCACCGUUCUUAGCUUUUGUGAUGGGAAUUCCAAUGUGCUUUGCAUUGAAAGUGAGAGGCAAGCUCUUUUGCAGUUCAAGCGACACCUAAUUGAUCGAUCAAACAGGCUAUCUUCUUGGGUUGAAGGUGAGGAUUGCUGUGAAUGGGUUGGUGUUUUCUGCAAUAACUUCACUGGCCAUGUCAAAGAGCUGCACUUGGGGCUUCAUUCAAGUAGUCCUGAUGUAGAACUGGAUGAUGAAUGGGAUGGUUACUUUCAGUCAGCUGAAUGGGAUGCUUACUUUCGGUCAAAGCUAGGAGGCAAAAUAAAUCCUUCUUUGAUCGAGUUGAAACAUCUCAGUUUCCUAGACUUAAGCAACAACGACUUUGGAGGGCGGGCGAUUCCCGAAUUCAUUGCUUCGCUGAAGAGUUUGACAUAUCUUAACCUCUCUUCGGCAAAUUUCCAAAGAGCAAUUCCCCAUAAUCUUGGAAAUCUCUCAAAAUUGCAUUAUCUUGAUCUUGGACACAAUUUCUUUUCUGAAGCUAAAACUCUUCAAUGGGUUUCUGGUCUUUCGUCUCUGCAGUAUCUUGAUUUGAGCGAUGUAGAUCUUAGUACAGCAACUGAUUGGCUGCCGGUAACAAACAAACUUCCUUCUUUGGUGCAGUUACACUUGUCAGAUUGCUAUUUAAAUAAUAAUGAUCCAUCUUCAAUCAGUGUUAACUACACAUCUCUUGCCGUUCUUAAUCUUUCUUCAAACAGGUUGUCUUCGAUACCUACAUGGAUAUUCAGUCUUCGUAGUCUUGUGUCCAUCGAUCUUAACUCUAAUGCAGUUGAAGGUGUGAUUCCCAAUGGUUUUCAGAACAUUUCUUCUCUCAAAUUUCUUGAUCUUAGUUGGAAUUCAUUCUCUUCAUCAUCGACACUCAGCUGGUUGUCUAAUUUAAACCAACUUCAAUUCCUUGGUCUUGGUUGUGUCGGCCUAAAAGGUAAUUUUUCAAGUGCUAUUGGAAACUUGAGCUCUCUUACUCAUCUUGAUGUUUCACUUAAUGGAAUUGAUCAAGAGGUAUCAGAAAUCAUAGAGAGUUUGUCUAGAUGUUGUUUGGAUCGAUUAGAGUCAUUAAAUAUUGCAUCUAACAAACUUUCUGGCCAUUUACCUGAUCAACUUGGCCAAUUUAAAAAUUUGGCAUACCUUUCCCUUUCUGGAAACUCUAUUUCUGGUCCCAUUCCAUUCUCAAUCGGGAAGUUGUCAUCAUUGAAAUUUCUUUAUGUUGCAAAAAAUCGAUUGAAUGCAACUCUUCCUCAAAGUUUAGGGCAACUUGGGAAUUUGGAACAUUUAGACGUCAGCAAUAAUAUGUUGGAAGGAAAUAUAUCAGAAAUGUUCUUUUCUAAUCUCUUGAGAUUGACAGUUUUUUGGGCAUCUAACAACAUGUUAACGUUUAAACCAAACCCAAGUUGGAUUCCUCCUUUUCAAUGGAAAAGUAUUGGAUUAGGUAACUGGCGUCUUGGUCCGCAAUUUCCUCAGUGGCUACAGUUCCAAAGGAACAUAUCGCGGUUAGAUAUCUCCCAUGCUGGAAUUUCAGGUGUCAUUCCCACUUGGUUUUGGAACCUUUCAACAUCAUUUGUAUAUCUAAAUCUUUCCCAUAACCAUCUAGUCGGGGAGAUUUCAUAUUUACUGAAGAGUAGGACGGUUGACUUGAGGUCCAACCUACUCACAGGUCCAUUGCCACGACCAAUUUCAAAUUUGGAGUUUUUAUUUUUGUCUAAGAAUCUAUUUUCAGGAUCCCUUUCUAAUAUUCUUUGUAAUUCCUCAACUAAACUGGAAGAAACUUUGACCAUUCUUGACAUUGAAUCAAAUCUUCUGUCAGGUGAAAUUCCAGAUUGUUGGGAAAAUUACCAAAUAUUGGGAGUCUUAAAUUUAGGAAACAACAAUCUAACUGGGAAAAUUCCUAGAUCCUUGGGAUAUGUAGGUGGUAUUGAGUCAUUAAACCUUCGUAACAAUAACCUGUUUGGAGAAGUACCAUCCAUAUUGCAGCAUUUAGCUAAUUUGCUUAUUCUUGAUCUUAGUGAAAAUCAAUUGACGGGAAGUAUUCCAGCAUGGAUUGGAGACAAGCUUUUAGGCCUUGUGGUUCUAAACCUUCGUUCAAAUAAAUUCCAAGCCUAUAUUCCUGAUCAAAUUUGUGCUCUUAAUUCUCUUCAGUUCUUGGAUCUUGGUUAUAACAACAUUUCAGGAGCUAUUCCAAAAUGUUUUAGUAACCUAAGUGCCAUGGCCACAAAACGCAUCGACGGAAUCUUGUAUGUAUGGGUCUGGGAAUUCAACCCUAACAAAGAGUUUUAUUUACACGCAUCAUUGGUGAUGAGAGGAAGAGAGGAUGAAUAUAGUACCACACUAGGACUUGUGAUCGGCAUAGACCUUUCAGUUAACAGUCUCACAGGAGAUAUCCCCAAAGAACUUGGUAAUAUCAAGGAGCUGCGGUCGUUAAAUUUGUCAGGAAAUCUCCUAACAGGACAGAUUCCAGAGAACAUUGGCAAUAUGGAGGAGUUGGAAUCUCUUGACUUGUCGAUGAACCGACUCCAUGGUGAAAUCCCUUCAAGUUUCUCCAAUUUGAAUUUUUUGAAUCACUUCAACGUGUCAUAUAACAACUUGACAGGAAAAAUCCCAUUAGGCACCCAGCUCCAAAGCUUUGACAAGUUGUCUUACAUUGGCAAUCUUCUUUGCGGACCUCCAAUCACUAAAAAUUGCAGCAGCGAUAGCGAAACACCUGAUGUUAGAAAUGGUGGUAGCAGUGAAGGAAGGCACAGGUCUAAGGUGAAUUGGCUUUAUGUGAGCAUGGUGGCUGGAUUUGUGAUGGGGUUCUGGGGAGUAGUGGCUCCCCUGUUUUUCAUCAGGUCUUGGAGGUUUGCUUAUUAUAAAAAACUGGAUCAUAUUGGUGAUAAGCUAUACGUGUUUUGGGCUACUAUUGGUAUUCGGAUAUGGAAAUGGUAUUCCAUGUUAUAA